AUGCCACCACCACCGCCUCCUCCCCCGCCGCCGCCGCCGGGAGGUUUUGGCGGUCCCCCGCCGCCCCCUCCAGCAAACCUCCCAAAUAAAGCGCCAAAAGGGGCAGCUAAAGACCGGGGCGCAUUACUGUCUGAUAUCCACAAAGGCGCGAGGCUGAAGAAGGCAGUCACCAAUGAUCGAUCAGCACCUGUAAUAGGAAAUACAGGAGGAGGAGGCUCUGCCGCUCCUCCUCCUGCGGGUGCGCCUCCAGUUCCUGGUAUGAGGCCUCCGGCUGGUCUUGCACCACCUGUUCCCUCCGGCCAAGCCGCGAACCGAUUACGAAGCAACAGCGAAGGGGUUUCCGGGGGAGGUGAUACGGCUGGUGCACCAGCAGCUCAACUAGGAGGUCUUUUUGCAGGUGGAAUGCCCAAGCUACGGAGUCGUGGAGGUGUUGAUACAGGAGCCAAUCGAGAAUCGUCUUAUAUGUCCGAUGGCGAAGCGCGACGACCACCUGCUGCCCCGGCACCUAAACCUCCAUCAGCACCCAGACCUCCUGGGGCUAGGCCACCACCCCCUCCGCCAUCUACAGAGUCACCUAUCGCGCCGGCGGUCAACCCUCUUGUUGCCGGGUUGAAAAAGCCUCCACCAAGACCUGCUUCGAGGCCCUCAUCCACGGUCUCUGCACCAGCUGCAAAAGCUCCAGAAGUACCACCUCCGCGCGUACCUCCUCCUCCACCGGGCAAGGUUCCUCCUCCACCCGCGUCGCGAAAACCGUCUGCUGCCCCGCCACCUCCCCCAGCAGCCCCCGCUAGUCGGGCACCUCCCCCUCCGCCGGCUCCAUCCAGAUCAACACCUCCGCCACCUCCAUCAGCACCCCCAUCAGCACCAUCAGUCGCCGCGCAGGCAGCCCGAUCUGCAUUGGGACAUCAUUCACCUUCUGCGCCGCCUCCUCCACCACCUCCCUCGGCUGCCCCAGGAGCUCCGCCACCGCCGCCCCCUUCAGCCCCAUCUCCUGUCCCUCGCCCUCCAUCUCAUGAACCUUUUGCUGCCAUGGAUCCCAGUGCUUACACACUUACCAAUGGCGGAUCAUCCCCCGCGACAAAGUCUCGCCGUCCUUCAACAAAUGGCGUAGUCCGAAUAGAAGAUACUCGAUUCAAGUUCCAAGGCGAUGGACUGCUACCCAAGCCACGGCCUUUUGUUGGCGGAGACCGCAGAUACCGUGCUGGACGAGGCAGCAGUGUGCCAUUGGAUUUGGCUGCUUUGAGAGGCUGA